AUGCAGGUGGCGAGCGUUAUGGUGGUACGGCAGACAACAUAUCAAUUCAAGAUUCAGCCAGGUCAAGCAGCUCACGAGGAGGCUCUCUUCGGUCACACAGCACACGAGGAAGCUCUAUUCGGUCACGCAGCACACGAGGAGGCUCUCAUCAAUUCCAUCUUACAGGAAAUCGUUGAGCUGCUGUUGAAUGAUGGUGUCACGCAACCAUUACUUUCCAAGGCCUCUCAAAUCGGUAUAGCGAGUGAGCGAAUAGAGAGGCAGCUGAGAGCGCUCUUGAAGGACCUUGGAGCCGAUCUAAAGACUGAAUCGGAGACAGUUGAAGAGCGGCGAAUUGCCAAGUUCAUCGCUCUAAAUUCCAGACCUGUGGCAUUGGCAGUCGUAAAGAGUAUAGAAGGGUUUGAAGACGCCGCGAGGGACGUACAAGGAAAGGAACGAGUGGAGGACAGCUCGGAAGAAGACACUGAAUCGGAGACCGACGAACCUGUUCAAGAGAACGAAGAGAAUAAUCUAGCUAGGGCUAAAAGAUCCGUCGUCAAAAGCGCAGCGUUUGCAAACAUGCACCAGCAGCUAUGGCAUUUGGUCUUCCCUACGCUGAACGCUAAGAUGUUGGCAUACGUGGACAAGGCUGGCGAAGACUUGACAGGUGCUGACAAGAAUAGCUGGUUGAGUGAGGGCCGAGCACUUGCCACAGAACUCUUUGACGUACGUCUGUCAUCAGUCAACGUCUGCAAAAAUAUGCGGACAUCUACGUUAGACAGGACCAAGCAUACCAUUGAGGCUUGGACCGAAGAAACAUGGAACUGGUGGCCAUUGAGGUUGCCCCUCCCCUAUCCUGACGAUAAAUACACGUAA